ACCGCGCUGGAGGGAGGAUGCAGGCGGUGCCCGGGGCGCAGCCCGUCCGGCCGUUCAAGCUGAGGAAAAGCUUCGCCACCCGGCUGGAAGAAGUAGCAGGAAUCCGGGCGAAGUUCCCAACAAAAAUCCCGGUAAUAGUUGAGAGAUACCAUAAAGAGAAAUACCUUCCUCUUUUGGACAAAACCAAGUUUCUUGUUCCCGAGGAGCUGACCAUGACACAGUUUAUAACCAUCAUAAGAAGCAGGAUGGCUUUAACAGCUACACAAGCUUUCUACCUGCUGGUGAACAACAAAAGCCUAGCCAGUAUGUCCUUGACAAUGGCAGAAGUGUACAGGGGCUACAAAGAUGAAGAUGGCUUUGUGUAUAUGACAUAUGCAUCCCAGGAGAUGUUUGGAUACUUUUCACCCACUGCUCAAGGGAGAACUAUGGAAUGCUUUCAAAAAACUUAAGGUUGGGACCAUGUGCUGCAUUGAAGCAGUUUGCUAUGAAUCAUGCCUGUGACAUGAACCUUGGAGAUGCUCCUUCCAAUAUGAGCCCUGCAGUGAGGAGUUAUGACCCAAAAGCUGGCAGGGCCAGCUAAGGGCAGAAAUGGUGUCACACUUUUUCCUGGACGAUAAUUUGGAUAUAUUUUUAUAUUUGAAGGUGC